AUACUUACCUACGUCCCAGCAAUACCAGAUGGAUGAUUCAAUUCAAGAAGUACCUACAUAAGAAGACCAUUCAGUACAGGCGCGAAUAUUCCUUUUCUAUUCAACUAUAAAUACCGAGUUCGUAUUUUCAAUUUUACAUAAUCAAACCAACCUUGCUUUCGAGCAGUUGACAAAAAAAAAUCAUCGCCAAGAAGCAUUCGAAAAACAAAAUAAUCGAAAUUAUUCGUGUAGUUUACCGAGACAAAAAACACUUGCCAAUUGCCAUUAUGAACCAGCUCGUAGCAUACGUCUUAUUAUUCUCGACACAUGUGUACCUCACAGUCGAAGCAGUCGAAACAGUCAAAACAUCUGAAGAACCCCAACCAACCGAACCAGCCGUACCAAAAAAGGGUCACUAUAAACUACAAAUAUUGCACAACAACGAUUUACACGCCAGAUUUGAUGAGAUGGAUGAAAACACGGGACCAUGUCCGGAAGAAUACGUCAAAGAGAACAAAUGCUACGGAGGAUUCGCUCGCAUGAAAUGGGCUGCUGACCAAGCUCGCGAGCAGGCCAAAAGCCAAGGUAUACCCAGCAUUUUCGUCAACGCCGGCGACAACUUCCAGGGUACUCCGUACUAUACCGUUUUUAAAUGGAAGAUUGUUAGAGAACUGAUUGAUAAGCUUGAAAUGGACGUAAUGACACUCGGGAAUCACGAAUUUGACGACGGAAUAGAGGACCUCGUCAAAUACUUGGAAAAUUUACAAACACCGGUUGUUUGCACCAACAUCGAUCUGAACGAAGAACCCCGAUUAAAUUUGCCCGAAAAGCUAACCAAAUCAAAAAUUUUAACCGUAGGCGAAGGGGAAGAAAAAAAGCAAAUCGGAGUUAUCGGGUAUCUAACACCCACAACGAUGAGACCAGAGAAAAUGCCAACUUUAAAGAUAAGUGACGAAAUACCAGAGAUACAAAAAGAAGCAAAACGUUUAAGAGACAACGGUAUCAAAAUCAUCAUCGCGUUAGGACAUUCGGGGUUCAAUUUUGACAUGAAAGUAGCGAAAGAAGUAGAAGAGAUCAGUCUGGUCAUAGGGGGUGAUUCGCAUACCUUACUAUACACGCCACCAGAAGAUGAAACAGAUAAACAACCAAGUGUCGAGAGAGUAACAUCCGAGUAUCCAACAAUCGUGAUCCAGCCGAGAACUGGUAAAAAGGUGCCGGUCAUUCAAGCUUACGGGUUCGGUAAAUAUUUGGGUAAACUUAUCGUCGAAUUCGACGACGAAGGAAAUGUUGUCGAGGCUAAAGGAAAUCCUCAGUUGCUCGACUCGACCGUUGAAAAAGAUCUUGAUCUUGAAAACGCCGUAUCAGCAAAGACUAAAGAAGUCGAAGAACUAAUCCCGGGCUUCAAGGAAAUCAAAGGUUAUACGCGUGCUUCCUUAGGCAAGGCGAUUUUCAAACUAGGUCAAUUCGAAUCCAAUUUGGCUAAUUUGAUUACCGAUGCUUUCGUCGAUUUGGGAGUGCAGCUAGCGCACGAGGAAAAUGCAUCUGUAUGGACCAAGACGCCGAUAUCUUUUUAUCCAAACGGAGGUAUUCGUAUUGAGGUUGAUCGUAGAAGGGCUCGCGGUGCCCUGACCCUUGAAGAUUUCAUGUACAUAAUGCCAUUCGAAAAUAAGAUGUACCAACUGACUGCUCGCGGAAGUACGAUCAGACAAUUUUUGGAAAAGUCUAUUUCGGCAUAUGACAAAGAUGCUAUCGAUUUCGAUUCGAAACAUUAUAUCGAGUUUUCUGGGCUUAGAGUAGUGUUCGACCUCACUAAACCAGUCGGUGAACGAGUCGCGUCGGCGGAUGCUUUAUGCAACAAUUGCGAUAUUCCGGAAUUCCGUCCACUCGACAAUGAUGCAGAAUAUGGGAUAAUAACUAUAGAGCCAGGGUUCAACGAAUUCAGAGAGCUGCAACCCGAAAAUACCAAUGGAAUACCACUUGAUUACAAGGAUAUUGAUGUAGUUCUAUUUUACAUAAACAAAAGAAAUGCUGUCGCUCCUGCUGUGGACAAUCGAGUCACCGUCACUGGAUUUCAACUAAAAGAUGGUGCCCCCAUCACAGAAACGGAAGAUAACAUUAACACCGUAACCAAAACGAUUAAAAAUGAAGUAGAAAUUGAAAACCAAUAAAUUGCAGAACGAUUGAUUACCCAAAACCUAAACCAAAAAUAAUACCUACCACUCGAUUUUAGUUUUUUUUGUGUGUGUACCUAUGUGUGUGUUUGUCAGCUGCAAUAAUAUGUAUUGUUUAUUGUUUUGUCUGAUUCUGAUGUACAAAAAAAAAUAUUUUUUGCUUUUAUA